AAGCUCACUUCGCUGUUUCUCUCUUUCCAUUUUUUGCUGUGUUGUAAGAGGAGCAAGGGGGCAGGCCACAGAACAACAACUCUGAAACACAACUAAUCAGCCCCAGAGACUUCUGCAAGGAUGGCAAACAAGCUACAGCAGCUUGUCGCGGAGAAGAAGAAUGUGGUGGAGACAGUCAUGGAAGUGUUUGAACAGGGAGCUGAAGUGGUGGCCAGUAUCGCCGGUGACCUUUUCCCUGUUUUCUCCAUUGCUGCUCCAAUUGUUAAACUGGCCCUGGACAACGUAGAAAGCAAUGAAGCUGUAUUCAUGAAGGAACAGUUUCAGAAAGUGCGGGACCGUCUGGAGGUGGUCUCAGAGGAGAUUCAGAGGAUCAACGACGAGAUCAAGAAGAGUGGAUUGGAUGCUGUAUAUUUCCCAUUGGAAGAGAACAUCACUAACCAGUUUAGGAAAUACAUGGACAUCCUUAAUGCCAAACCCAAGUUCCGGGAGGUCAAGAAGAAGCUUUUCCUGGAGCAUUUUGCCAAAACCGGUGGCGACAAAAACCUGCACACUCUGUACAAUGCCGUGACUGGAGAUAACUUCUCUGGCGAAUCUGUACUCGAGAUCACCCUGAACUACGAGGAGAAAAGUCGCCGGCCGGUGGAGGACUUCUGUGCCAGGCUGAAGAAGCUCUUCUGUAUCGGGCUCAUAGCGCUGUUGGGCCAUGCUGCUCUGAAGGGAUAUGAUGAAGAGGAUGCGCUUCUGAAAGAGUGGAGUGAGAAGAUGAAGGUUGUCCAGGAUAAAAUGAAUGCUGUCAUCGAAGACUGCAUUGUCAGCUUCCCCAAACAAGCUGAGCUGGAUUCCUGUCGACUGGUGAGAGACCAUUCGCACUUAACCAACCAGCAGCUUGCUGAUGCUCUCAUAGAGAACUUAAAGAAGAAGUAUGACUGGGUGGGCUGGUCAGUCCGCAUAUUCAAGUCCCCUUCAGGCCUGUUCGCCAACAAGAAGGAUUACCACUGCCCGACAGGGAGGAGUCGUUUCCAGGUCCCUUCAUCAGAUGAGAAACUUAAUGUCUGGGUGUCCUACAGCUCCUCGCCUGAGCCUGUGGAUAAAAAUCUCAUCCAGCAGCUGAUCCAGGGUCAGAAGAAACCCACGGUGGUGGGUGUAGCUGAGCUCCUCUUUAAGGAGUUGCCUGGCGACUGCGUCGUCCACACAAUCAAGCCCAGCAAAGACCUGGUCUGCUCUCAGAGCUUCACAGAUGAGCUCCACUUCUGGAAGAACCACAGAAAGUUCUGCGUCUGCGUUCAUUCGGCUUGAAGUCGAAGACACUGAACAAAACUCUCAAAAACCACUCAUUCUAUGUUUGUACGUUACUUCAUA